GAAACGUGGGGUUGAAUGAGGAUGAGCGUGAAAAGUGAAAACGUAAAAGGAGUCCACAUCAUCGUCAACAAAAAGCUGUGUGACUCUGACCGUACCACACAUGCACUCAUACCUCCCUUUAUCUCUCUCUAUCUUUGCUACUAUGCGCACUACGCACUUCCCUUCUUCUCAUUUUCCUUCUCCUUCUCCGUCAACAGCAGCAGCUACCUUAUCCCUACAUUAACUCCUUAAUCUCCUUUCUUAAUCACUUUUACCAUUCUAUUCUCCCCUUUCUCCCCAUCUUCACCCUACAUUUAAUGCAAGCAAUUCUGUGGUUCACCUUCAAUUCCCGACUCAAUCAUCACAAUAAUAACAAAACACACACACACUCACACUCCACCACUGUUUUUUAUGUCCAUUCCCAGCCGCUUCAUGCCACUGUCCCCGCCAUCUCAAUCUUCUAGAACCUUCCAUUCCUCUCCAUGGGCUGCAUCUACUCUCGUGUUUGCAUCGGCGACAACUGCGUCGGAGGUGCCGCCGCCGCCUCCAGCAUCAACGGCGACGCAAUCGCUCGUCCUCCGCGCGGGACCUCAUCCUCCGAGCCAGACGAAUCCUCCGCCGCCGCCGCCGCCUCGCCGGACGGCGACUUCCAGGUGCUGAAUCAGCUCAGCUUGACGCGGGACCCGGAGGCCGGAAUCCGGAGGCUCGCUAGGGUUUCGUCACAGUUCCUUCCACCGGAAGGUUGUAAAGUGGCGAAGGUUCCUGCGUUCAGCUACGAGCUUCGGUACUCGUUCUUGUCACAGAGAGGUUACUAUCCUGACGCACUGGACAAGGCGAACCAGGACAGCUUCUGUAUCCACACACCGUUUGGUUCGAGUCCGAAUGACCAUUUCUUCGGUGUCUUCGACGGCCACGGCGAGUUCGGUGCGCAGUGUUCACAGUUUGUCAAGCAGAAGCUCUGUGAGAAUCUUCUUCGAAGUGCGAAAUUCCAAAACGAUGCCGUUGAGGCUUGUCACGGUGCUUUUCUGGCCACGAAUUUGCAGCUUCACAAUGAUGUCUUGGAUGACAGCAUGAGCGGGACGACGGCGAUCACGGUGCUGGUGAGAGGGAGAACUAUAAUUGUGGCGAAUUCAGGCGAUUCGAGGGCGGUGAUUGGAGAGAGGAGAGGGAAGGAUCUUGUGGCCGUUGAUUUGUCGUUGGAUCAGACUCCGUUUAGGGCUGAUGAGCUGGAGAGAGUGAAGAUGUGUGGUGCCAGGGUUUUGACACUGGAUCAAAUUGAGGGUUUGAAGAAUCCUGAAGUUCAGUGUUGGGGAAAUGAAGAAGGUGAUGAUGAUGGGGACCCACCGAGGUUGUGGGUCCCCAAUGGGAUGUACCCUGGGACUGCAUUCACAAGGAGCAUUGGGGAUUCAAUUGCCGAGACUAUUGGUGUUGUUGCUAACCCUGAGAUUGUUGUCUUCGAGCUCACCAAGGAUCAUCCUUUCUUCGUGCUUGCAAGUGAUGGUGUCUUUGAAUUCAUCUCUAGCCAAACGGUAGUUGAUAUGGUUGCAAAGUUCAAAGAUCCGCGUGAUGCUUGUGCUGCAAUAGUAGCUGAAUCUUAUCGGCUUUGGCUACAGUAUGAAACUCGUACGGAUGAUAUCACAAUCAUCAUUGUGCAUAUAAAUGGGCUAACUGAACCUGGUGUUGGUCAGGAAAAAACAUUUGGCGAAUCUUUACGAACUCCAGUGCCUCAAGUUGUAGAGAUGACAGGUUCAGAAUCUCCCUCUACCCUGGGUUGGAACUCUAGGAACCAACGGGUAAGGCAUGACUUGUCAAGGGCACGCCUCCGAGCAAUUGAAAAUUCCCUGGAGAAUGGGCAAGCUUGGGUUGCUCCAUCUUCAGCGCAUAGGAAGACAUGGGAGGAAGAAGCACAGAUAGAGCGAGCACUGCAUGAUCAUUUUCUCUUCCGAAAACUUACUGCUUCUCAAUGUAAUGUUCUAUUGGAUUCCAUGGAAAGAGUUGAGGUGCAACCUGGUGAUAUUAUAGUCAAACAGGGCAGUGAAGGUGACUGUUUUUAUGUUGUUGGUAGUGGAGAAUUUGAGGUCUUGGCAACUCAGGAAGAAAAAGAUGGGGAAGUAACCAAGGUUUUACAGCGUUACACAUCGGAAAAACUAUCAUGCUUUGGAGAGCUUGCUCUAAUGUACAAUAAACCACUCCAGGCUUCUGUACGUGCUGUAACUAAAGGGACUCUUUGGGCUUUAAAGCGAGAAGAUUUUCGAGGCAUUCUAAUGUCAGAAUUCUCGAAUUUGUCAUCCUUGAAGUUGCUACGAUCUGUAGAUCUCCUGUCAAGAUUGUCAAUUUUACAACUGAGUCAGAUUUCUGACUCCCUCUCUGAAGUCUUCUACGCAAGUGGGCAGACAAUAAUUGAUCGUAGUGAAGUCCAUGGAUUGUACAUAAUCCAGAAGGGACAAGUGAAAAUCACUUUUGAUGCGGAUUUAUUGAUGAAUCCAAAUGUUUGCAGCCUCGAGCCUGAUUUGGAAAAUGUGAAUGAUAAUGCACAGAGCAGAAUAGAAUUGUCAAUAGAGAAGCAAGAGGGAAGCUAUUUUGGUGAAUGGGCCCUUCUUGGUGAAAAGGUUGGUCCCUUAAGUGCUGUUGCUGUGGGUGACGUUGUAUGUGCUAUAUUAACAAAAGAGAAAUUUGAAUCUGUUGUUGGCUCCAUACAAAAGAUUUCUCAGGAGGAUCGCAAGUCAAGACAUAAUUCCAAAGAGUUGGCUAGAAAUUUUGACUUUUCAUCCCUAGGAAAAGUCCUUUUCUUUGUAGGAAUGGAUAAAGAGUGUCUAUUCUACUGACUGCUCUGAUAUUGGGCUUGUAAAGUUUGGAGAAGCAGAAAAUUUGCUUACAUUGAAGAGAUUUUCCAAGCCAAAAGUGAAAAGGCUGGGAAAAGAAGCACAAGUCUUGAAAGAGAAAGAUUUGAUGAAGGGUGUGAGCUCUUCAGCAUGUAUACCACAGGUUUUAUGCACUUCUGCCGACAGCAUAUAUGCUGGAAUAGUGUUAAAUACACUCCUUGCUUGCCCUUUGUCUUCCAUACUUUCAAGUCC